GUUCACUCUUCGCGUUUCACUGGCAGGGAUCUCCUCUCGCGCCUCGCGAGCAUUGCUCUUAGUUAGCAGAUCCCGAGCACGAUUCCCUUUUCGUAUCUGAUUGUAAACAAGCAAACCAUCACCAUCAUAUAAGAUAAAAAGGGGUAAACACUCCUUUCAAACUUCACAUCUCAACAGAAGCAUCUAGUUUUUCUUGCUUUCGUUACUGCUGCAAUGGGCGAUGAUUCGAGCAGCGGCGAGUGGCAGUUUUGCGUGAGGGCAGUCACCGCACCCGGCGAGACCUUGGCAGUGGUCGGAGACUGUCCUCAACUGGGUCAAUGGAAGCUUCAAGGCGCCUUGGAUCUGCACUGCGGCUCGGAAGGGAAUGUGUGGCGAGGCAGCACGCGGCUGCCGAGAGGACAGACCAUCAACUACAGGUAUAUGGUCUGCGUGUUGGUUCCUCCGGACGGCGAGAGGAUCAUGGAGGAAAUCAGGGUGGUGAAAAAGUGGGAAACCCACCCCCAACCAAGAUACAUUAGCCAGAAAAUUUUUGAAAGCUCCGAAAAACGCGAUGAGUUGGAGGAGUUUGGGCUGGUAGAUGGACUGCAGCAGGUCGAGCGCGGCUGGUUGACAUCCGAGACGGUGAUCCAGCUCAAACUUUUUGGCGAAGAACCCAUCAAAAUGUGGAAGAGGAGACUGCUUAAUAAGCAGGUUUUAGUGAAGGUCACUCCUGUUACAAUCAGCUCGGGCAAUGCUCCUGACAGGCUGGCUAAAACCAGUGAACUGUCUUUGGAUGAGAGCAUGGACACGCUGGAGCUCUCUGGCAACAGCACGGAGAAGAACGUGUGGCCCAUCACGGAACUAUCGGUCAUAAACGAGGAUGACUGCAUUUUCCAAACUCAGUCGCAGUUUGGAAAGGUUUACAACCCUGGAGACUUUUUCCUUUACCAAAUUCAAGUGCUCUUUCCAGAAAAUACGGCCUAUCUUAUUGACUUUUACGCUCGCAACCAAGGGUCAAAUGAAGAAGAUGUCCCAACUCAUGUGGGCUUCUGCUACAUCCUCCCAAGCACUUUGAAAAACAGCGAGGGACAGGUCAUUGUGCCCAUUACCGGCUUGCGGCAUCAGCCAAUCGGGCAACUGACUGUUGAAUAUCUGAAGGUUGCCCCACUGCCACAUGCUGUGUGUGAUAUGAAAGAAGUCUUCAGCCGGUACUGGAGCCACACCUGGUGCGGCCUUGAUGUUGGCCAUAGAGGGGCUGGAAAUUCGUUUAAAACUCAGAAAAUCGGAAUGGCCGAAAUCCGAGAAAACACAAUCGCGUCGCUGACCCAGGCGGCCCGCCACGGAGCGGAUUUCGUGGAAUUUGACGUCCAAUUAUCCCGAGACCUUGUGCCUGUUAUCUACCAUGACUUUCACGUCAUUAUUUCUAUGAAGCAGAAAGCCACAUACGGCGAAAGCGACUUCCUGACGCUCCCCGUUAAGGAUUUAACUCUGCAACAGUUGCAUCUUCUCAAGGGCAAAGAUUGGCCAGUGCCAAGUAAAGUUCUACAUUUCAGUUGCAGCGAAGAUGCUUCGGGCAGGGUGUAUCAUCUGGAAGAAGGAAAAAAUCAACUCAAUCCUCGAUUCUUUGAUGAAGAUCUAGAGGACCAUCAGCCAUUUCCAACUCUUCAAUCGGCUCUGGAGAAAUUAAACGAGCAUGUAGGAUUCAAUAUUGAAAUCAAAUGGACCAUGCAGCUGAAAGACGGAACUUACGAGCUGUAUCAUCCGUUUGAUCUGAACUUGUACCUGGACGUAGUCUUAGAAACUGUGCUGAAGCACGGCGGGCACAGAAAAAUCAUAUUUUCCUGCUUUCACCCUGACAUUUGCACCAUGAUUCGUCUGAAGCAGAAUAAGUAUCCAGUAAUGUUCCUGACGCAAGGAGCCACCAAUAAGUAUCCGCCGUACAAUGACCCACGUUGCCAUGACAUUCACGGUGCCAUGUACUUCACAAAGGCAGCAGGAAUUUUGGGUGUGAAUGCGCACACAGAAGACUUGCUGCGCGAUCCAUCCCUUGUGCAGGCUGUGCGGGAUGCAGGAUUAGUUCUCUUUUGCUGGGGUGAUGACAACAAUGACACUAAAACUAUCAAGCACCUCAAGUCACUUGGUCUCCAUGGUGUGAUUUAUGACAAGAUUGACCAACUGGGGUGCAAGGAAGUGAAAGAGAGCAUUUUCUUGGUAGAAGCAAGAGAAAGCGAAAGGCAGCAGAUUGCUGCGUUGGGCAUUCAGAAUUCGCCUCAGUCUCCAGUUGAGCCUCAGGGGUGCAGCAAAGAAUCUGAAGAAGGGCCCCUCCUUAACCUAGCACCUACUGCUGCCGCUUCAAGCUCUGGCUAAAUAAGCACACCUUAAGAUAUUUCAAGAAGAUAAUAUUUAAUUUAAUAAAUGAUGCAGUAAUUUCAGACAUACUUAUAGAACUGGAUAGUAUUAAUUGGCCAUAUUGUCAAGCCAGUCACUGAUACUAUAAUAUAAGGUCACUCUAAUUUAUUUAUUGCUUCCAUUGCUCAAAUGUUAUGAUUGUUCCCCAAUGCUUCAUAUUCUAAAUAUUGUUGAAGUUCGCAUGCUGCAAAAUGUUCCCGGUUUCGACUUUUCGAAAGGACAAUCACUGCAUUAAUUUAUUGCCUGCGCUUAUAGCAAGAUUAUUUGGUACAAUCCUGUGUUUGAAUGAAAAUUGGACGAGAAAAAUAUAGCCAGUAAAUUACCAAAUUGUGCUAUGGCGAAUAAUAAAGCAGAUAUUGGAUAUAAUUUUAAAUUGAAA